CCGGAAGUGACGUUCCUAGAGGCGUCGGGCCCUCACCAUGGCCCACAAGGCCGCGCAAUGGCCGUCCGAGGAAACUCUGUUGCUCUGGAAACGGGAACAAGCCCGGCUGAAGGCGCGCAUGGUGGACCGGGACACGGAGGCCUGGCAGCGGGACCCCACCUUCUCGGGCCUGCAGAGGGUCGGGGGCGUGGACGUGUCCUUCAUAAAUGGAGAUAGUGAUCGGGCCUGCGCUUCCCUGGUAGUGCUGAGCUACCCAGAGCUCGAGGUAACCUGGGUGGUGUAUGAGGACAGCCACAUGGUUCGCCUGAAGGCCCCCUAUGUGUCAGGCUUCCUGGCCUUCCGAGAGGUACCCUUCCUGGUGGAGUUGGUACAGCGGCUGCAGGAGAAGGAACCAGGCUUCAUGCCCCAGGUCCUUCUUGUGGAUGGAAACGGGGUGCUUCACCAACGAGGCUUUGGGGUGGCCUGCCACCUUGGUGUCCUUACAGAUGUGCCCUGCAUUGGGGUAGCCAAGAAGCUCCUGCAGGUGGAUGGGCUGGAGAACAAUCCCCUGCACAAGCAGAAGAUUGUGCUCCUUCAGGCUGGGGGAGACACGUUUCCUCUGAUGGGCAACUCUGGGAUGGUCCUGGGAAUGGCCCUGAAGAGCCAUGACCACAGCACCAACCCCCUCUAUAUCUCUGUGGGCCACAGAAUAAGCCUGGAGGUCGCUGUGCGCCUGACCCACCACUGCUGUAGGUUCCGGAUCCCAGAGCCUAUACGCCAGGCUGACAUCCGCUCCCGAGACUACAUCCGAAGGACUCUAGGACACCCUGUGUCUCCUGCACACAGGCAGGAGAGGAGCCAGAAGGAGCAGAGGCCAAAAGUAUACCCCAAAGAUGGCCCAGGAGCACCUGCAGAUCAAGGCAGGCUCCCCAAGGACUAUGGCAGAGACUCCAGCACAGACCUGAAAGACCCCCAGCCAGGCUUCCAGGAGCAGCAGAAGGACCAGCAGUUGGAGAGAACUGAGCAUCAUGAAGACUCAGACCUCUGACCUCCUCCUCCAACCUGGGUACAGUCACCACCCUGAGAAGAUAAUCUCUAGGAACUAUGGGAACCUCACCCACAGCCACAGGUAGAGCACCAGGUCCCACAGGCAACAGUGACCAAAACCCCAGCAACAGGCAUAGUCUAGGUUGCGCUGAUGGCUACUCAGCCUCCUCAAUCACUGGCUGGUCAAUGUCGUCACCAUGCCCCAGCAGGACCACAUUUCAGACCAGGAAACUCACACAAGCACCCAGAGUACACAAGGGCUUCAGGCUUCAGGUACCCAGAGGCCCUGAGGUUGGCAGCCUGCGCCAGCACCUGCAGCUCUUGGAACACGGAUCUGAUUCUGGCUUCACUCCUCUAUUCUCAGGGGUCACUGUCACAUCACUAUCCUGGCCACAGACUGUCCUUCAGUGAGCAUAGCCAGGCUGCAGUCCCCAAGGUGCCUGUGCUUAAGCCUACCUACUGCUGAGCUUGAGAGACCCGCAGUGGGAAAGCCUCAGCCUAGAGCAGGCUCCAGAGUGGGCGUUGGGGAGUCAGCUCCACAGCGUGUGCCAGAUGGGAAGCCAGUUGAGGCCCAUGGUGAGAAAGCCUCAGGCUUGGCUCCUCACUUCUCUUCCUGCCGCCUUCUCACCAGAGGGAGCGUCAGAAUUCCAUCCCACCAAGAAAGCAGGUCUGCUCUAGGCCAGUGGCUUCUCCUCUGGGUGGGCUUAAAGUGGUUGCUGAGGUGGGCCACAGAGGUGGCUCACCAGCAGCAUGGUUCCAGUACCCUGUCCUCCCGUACAUACACACAUCCUCUAGAUUCACCAGAGUGGCAGCUGAGCUGGGACACAGAGUGGCCUAUCUAUAACAUGUCCCCUGCCUGCACCCUAAUCCCCCAGCUCCCUGGAGGAGAGGCAACAGAUAGUGGGUGAAGCUAGCUGCCAAACCUGUGGACACCCGUGGGGGGAUCAGGAUGGACCGAGGGUCAGUGAUAAGGGAGGGACAUCGGGGACGGCUCUCCUGUGAUGAUAUCCAGUCCCAUUUAGAUCCAGCGGGGCUGCCCAGUCUCCCUCCUAAGCCAGUCUGUAGUGACUGUCAAGACCCCUGGGGGUGGGUCUGCUGCUGCAGUCUUUGAUGGAACUGGCAGCUGGUUCCCACUCCCUGGGAUUUCAGUUUGGGGCAUUAGGGAAAAUAUACAUGCGGUCCUGUCACCCAGUAAGUUCCCAGUAAAUGAGGUAUGAGGCAGAGGGAGGCAACCUCCCCACCGCACACCUGAUGUAAGAGCUCCAGGGACACCCAUGGUAUCAGGACAGGAAGGGAAUCCCUGUGGUGCCCACAUCUCUCACCUCCCAUGGUGGGGUGUGGGAAGGGAAGUGUAUGCUUGACCAGGAAACCCCACCCCAGCUUUGGCCUCACUCCACCUACUUGCUGAGUCAGAGUUCCAGGCUAGUACCUUGAUUUAACAGAGUACUCCAGACUAGCAGGUCUCCAAGAGGUACAGCCCCCACUGCCCCUCCAUUCACUCACAAACAUUCUACACAUACACACAUGCACACACACACCCGCACAUAUACACACAGACAUACACAUGCACACGCACACAUUCCCUGACAUUCCUGUGGAAGCCAAGAGCUGGAGAGCCUUCUUAACUUCUUCCAGAUUCCCCUCUUCGAGCCCUGUCAAGAAAGAGUUGGGGGAAGAAGCAAAAGGUUGAGGCUGAACUGCAAUGACCAGAAUCCUCAUGCAGAGCUCAGAUGUUCAAGUGGGGAACAAGGCCUGUCCAGCCACCCAUGCUGCUGGAAGGUGCCACAGGAGGUGGGGGAGGACUUCACAUGAGGCCCAGCACACAGCAUCCUUGAGUGAAGAAAAGCUGUUAGUUUAGAGAACAGCUAAAAGCUGUUAGUUGGAGUAGGGCUCUAGAGGCCAGGACCAUCAGUCGUUAAGGUCAGCUUUACAGAUGAGGAGAAAACAGCUUACAGUCCCCAUCCACAUCUCACUUGAACGGGCAGUUCCUCCCGCUCCUGUGAGCCUCCAGAGUGGCUGGGGCCCAGCCUGGCCAUCUCUGUUUCAUCUGUUGCACUCCAACAGGAGACCUGCCCCAGGACACACACAAGUCAUACCCCAUCACACUGACACCACUCAGCGUGCUACCUUCCAACACUCAGACCCUCUUCUCAGCAAGUCAUGGUCAUGGUAGCUGUGUCCCCAGGGAGGUGGCUCUCCAGGAUGCCAGUACAGCCGAAGUUGCCAGGAAUCCGCCCAUUUCCCACACAGUAAGGUGCAGGCCAGAGCCUGAAGGGGGGCUUGUAGACAACUUCUAUGUGAUUUUUUUUCUGAGAGAAAAUCCUUUCAGUUGGGGAUUUAGC